AUGGCAGACAAUGCGCCAGCGAGCGUGACCAAUGCCGACCAGCCGGGGCGCCCUUACUACGAGAGUCUGCGAAACACGCUCAAAAGCACUUUGGUCAAGAAGCGCCAACUCGACGAGCAACUGCAAGCGCUCGAAGACAACAUCUUCAAAAUGGAGAGCAGCUAUCUUGAAGAAACAAACGGUGCUGGCAAUAUCGUGCGUGGCUUCGAUGGAUGGGUCAAGGGUGUCGUGGUGGGAGGAGACAAGAAGUCCGUCGACGACCGCAAGGCCAGAGUCAGAGUUCGCGACGAAGACCGUAUAUUCUCUCGGAGCUCCAUGUCUUGGAUCAGGGCCCAAGACUCGGAUCUGCCCACUUCGGCCACCAACACUCCUUCCCACGCGCCUACGCCAGCCUCUUCCGUACCUCCACAGCUGACCUCGAGGGACAGCAAUCAUGCCACUCCGAGUAGUACUGUUUCAAAGGCGAACAGCAAGAAGAAGAAGGCUGCCGACAAGGACGAUGACGAAGACAAGCCGUCCAAGAGACUCAAGAUUACCUACGGCCGGGAAUGA